AUCAUCCAGUUGCAUUACUCAACCUCUACAGACGUUAUGAGUUGUGCCGUCACAGACAGCGUAGCUAUCAGCCGCCCAUGCUGCGCCAUCCACAACUAUCCUCUCCCUCUUCCUAGCUCUCAUGCCAGCUUCUGCAUUCCUCACACCCAUCUCAAAUAUGUCUGCAUCUUCCCAGGCUGCAAUGCUCCUACACAACUGGACAUGCAGACCUGUGAUCUGGAAGAGCACACUGCACAAGAGACAGCAUACUGCACUGUUGGCAAUUCAUAUGCCUUGCUCUGA